CAUUUUUUCUGACAGAUUUUAGAAAUGAAAUAUAUUGCUUAAUUCAUUUAUAUUAGUGUUUCUUAAUUAGUAGAUAAGAUAUAAGAAAAUAUGUGUAUAAUUUUUCUGUGCACCGACUUACUAAAGAUAUAAAUAAUAUAAUAUUUGUUAUUAAUAUAAAUUAAAAAAGCCAUACUUUAAUCGUUUAAAUAAAAUUUUGGUUUGAUAUACAAAUUUUUUAUUAGUUUCCAAUUUAUUAAAAAAUUCGUCAAGAUGAUGGAAGAUAUGCAAGAAGAGAUUCAGUUUGUGGUGGAUGAUGUAAGUAGAAUUAUUAAAGAGGCAAUUGAAAUGAAUAUUGGUGGAAAUGCUUACCAACAUAAUAAACUAAAUCAGUGGGCAUCGAAUGUUGUUGAAGGAUGUUUGGGUAAACUUACAAAACUUCAGAAACCAUAUAAAUAUAUAGUUACCUGCACCAUCAUGCAGAAAAAUGGAGCAGGAUUGCAUACAGCAAGCUCGUGUUUCUGGGAUAAUGCAACUGAUGGAAGUUGUACAGUACGUUGGGAAAAUAAAACAAUGUAUUGUAUUGUUUCUGUAUUUGGCCUGGCAAUUUAAUUGAUAUUAGUGUACUAACUGUUUCUAACAGAUGUUAAAGAAAAAUACUAAACUUUUGUUUAAUACGUUGCAUAAAUUAUAGCAAGUAUGAUAUAGGAAAAAUGGAAUCUAUUUUUCAUAAUAGCUUUUUCUUUUCAAUAAUAUUAUGUAUUUUUUAUAUUGCAAAUACAUAGUGCUUGAAAUACUAAAUUGUAUUCAUUAAUUGUAGUAUUUAUAUAAGUUCAUGAACUAAAGAUUAAUAUUAAAAUGAUUUAUUGUGUUGUAUGU